AUGUCCUGGCGACUGCCACUGUACACUAUCCGGUCCCGAACAGCCUUGGUCUCUGCGUGCGCCGCCGCCGGUAUUGGAGCGUACUAUGGCAUGCGCUCAGCUCAUGCCGAGUCUGACGAGCCGCCCACGGUCUUUGGAGGCCUGGGCCUGACAACUCUGCGCUUAAAAGACGUCCAACAAGUGAACCACAACACCAAACGCCUUGCUUUUGAAUUCCCCGAUCCCCAGGCCCAAAGCGGAUUGACGCUGACUUCCGCGCUGCUCACUGUUUCCUGGCCGAAAGGCCGAUGGCUGCCGGUGCUACGGCCCUACACCCCGAUCAGCCGUCUCGAUCAGCGCGGUGGGAUUGACUUAUUGGUCAAGAAAUACCCCAAUGGCAAAGCAAGCACCCAUCUGCACUCGCUGGUGCCGGGUGACACACUCACCUUUGUGACGGCCCUGAAAGGCUUCCCCUGGAGGCCGAACCAGUUCACGCAGGUCUUGCUCAUUGCCGGCGGUGCUGGCAUCACACCCAUCUACCAGCUCAUCCAAGGCAUCCUGGAUAACCCCGAGGACAAGACCAGGAUUAAACUAGUCUUUGGUGUGAAUACCGAGCAGGACCUGCUCCUUAAGAAAGAGCUAGACGAGUAUACGCAGCGCUUCCCGGGUCGGUUUGAGUAUCUCUACACUGUCAGCCGCCCGACUGAGAAAGAUACCCCGUUGCGCAAGGGCUACAUCAGGGAAGAGCUCUUGAGAGAUGUUGUGGGUCGGCCGGACCAUGAUACCGAGGUCUUCGUCUGCGGACCUCCUGCAUUGGAAGAGUCUUUGGUGGGAUCUAGACGUGCAGAGGGAAUCCUUGCCCGUCUAGGAUUCACCAAGGAUCAGAUUCAUAGAUUUUGA